AUGGCAAAAUACGGCCGGCAAAGCGUUCCAGAGUUAAGUUUUCAUAAUCCAGCAGGAAUGAUUCUGUAUCCUAGAGGUUUACAGACUUAUGCUAUGGGGAAUACGAGGGCCAGAGACGUAACAGAACUACUGGGGACCUCGAGAGGACAACAUCUAGAUUUACUGUUGCUAGGUUCUGGUGAUAUAAGGAAUUUUUUGUUUACUUUAUCCGAGCUAUCUAUACGGAAACCUCAUGAGAGUCCAAAAAGUUUAAGUUUCCAUAUAAACGACUACGAUCCAUCGGUGAUUGCUCGCAAUGCUGUCCUCAUACAAGUCGCUAGUGAAAUAAAUCCGGAUAUCCCAGCGGAUGUAGACUUCUUGUGGAAUAUCUGGUAUAAUCUGGCUCUUUCCCACGACAACUUUUAUCGACUGCAACAAGUACUACGUCGAUUAAUCGAAAAAAAAUUUGACAGCGCAGAGAGCAUAUUGAAGUUCGACGACAUCGCUAUUCUCCGGGAAUGUUGUGCUAUUUGGAAGGAUUGGAUGGCUCUUGAUCUUGACGUGAGAAAAAUUAAAGAUGAUCGAAACAGAUUGAUUAAAAGUAAAAUGCAAGAACUAAAGUUUGACGUGGAUGGUCAGUGUAUGGGUGUACUAUCAGAGAUGAUGAUGGGACUUAGUCAAGAAGCAGACACACAAUUUUUCAAGGCAACCCACGCGAAUCCAUUCUAUACGGAAAUAAAACACUGGUUUUGCGAAGGUUCCACUUCGGAGGAAUUCGAAAGGACAAAUCCAACCUUGAUUCGUCCAUUUGAUCAUGAAUGGAGAUUACACUAUAAUUCUUGUGUGUUUGAAAGUUACUUGCCAAUCGAAAGGUAAGCAUAUAUUUACAUUAAAAUAUUACUUCGCGAGAAUGCCUAUUGUUCUCGCGACAUUUGCUUGCACUAACAAAAGAGUGAAGAGCUCCGGCGAAGGGCUAACGCUCUAUAUGUCAGCUUUAGAAAUUCUUAACGGUGGCCAGUUUUAAUUGUUAAGUCAGUCGAUAAGACCAAAUUAUUCUCUAAAUUUAAUUUGGCUACAUAAACCGUUUUCUGUUCAAUACUAAGGGAAAAGAAAUACGGAAACGUAUAUGAUGUUUAAAUCAGUUUUCUUUAAUAUUCAGAAUGCUUACUUUAAUUGGCUUAUCUGAUUUCAAGCGUCAAUAUUUCCGGAUUUCGUUCUUUGUCUAGGGACCAGCUCUUACGAUGUAAAUCUCUGACAGCAGCUUGUAAAGAAAAUUUAAAAUUGAUGCUGAAAGGUUUCCAGCGGCAAAGGAAGAAUAAUCAAACAACUUUGAAGGUUAGAUUACACAGUUUUCGUCAGUCUGAAGCGAAUUUUCAAUGAGUCAACCGGAAAUUUUCCCUUUGGAAUAGCUUCCAUCAAAACUGUGAACUCCUCAGGUCAUAUAGUUCAAAUUUUUAAAUUUUUUUUUUCUCCAAGCACGCAGGAGUCAUCCAUCAAGUAAAAUCUUCCUUUUCUUUAAAUCACCAGAGUUUUUUCACCGAGUAUGUCAGCAUCAUUCACAAGUUAACAUUUUCCUUUCCUUAAAUCACCAAACUUACAUGUAAAAUUUACCAUCUUAAUUUACAUCGCCAUUGUGCAUAAGCAUCACAUACUGACAGCCUUAUCCUGGCAGUAUGCAGGAAGUUUGUGACCAUGGAUCUAGUUAAAUGGAAUAGUUUGCUGUGAGUCCUCUGUAACUCAGUUGUGUGGCGUCCGAAGGUUUGAAUCUUGGUGGAAGGCUUAGGCCAUUUUACAUUAACUCCAUGGAAGAUAAAUAGUGAGGAACAGUUACCAAAUAGCACCUAAGAAUGGAGACGAAUUACGGCUCCGUAACGGAAAACGAUUUCAGUCCGUGAGAUGAGGAAAUAUAAGUUUGUCAGUGCAAGGAACAUUACCUAUUCUAUCUUUCUUGCCAGGUUACUCUGUGGACAGGCGAUGCACUUGCUUUGUGUACGAGUGGCUUUCCUCCAAAGAUGUUAUUUGACGUUAUUGAUACCAGUAAUGUCUCUGAUCACAUUGGUUUGCUGAAUGUUCUUGUUAGCUGCGCCCCGAGAUUGAAAAAGUACGUUAAUUGUCAUACAAAACAUACUUUAUGGAUUGAACUGAUCAAACCAUCACGUUUAAUCAAAUAAUAAAAUGAUAAAAAAUUAAACUUCGUUUUGCAGACCAAACAGAUCUCUCAUGUUUACAUCAAGCAUGCUGUGGGGCGGAGGUUGUGAAAGUGUGGAGGAGUAUUACAACAAAUGUGUAGGUGUUCCUUUCCAACUUCUUCCCACUGUUCUGGGCUUGAAAUUAGCUGUCGACAUUGAAUUAGGAAGCAGGUAGGAACUUUGGGUUAAAAAAAUUUUCCUCACUUUCAAUUUAGAAAGUUGUUUAGAGGCUUAUCCUUUAAACUCAACACCCAUUAUCAAAACUUUUGAUACCCAACAUUCCAUGUCAGGAAAAUUAAUAAUGAGACCUGAAACAAAUUAUCAACAGGAGGAUACAUACUGCCUUGAGAAAACACUGCGUUUUUGCUAAGAGAUCAUCUGGGCGAAUAUCCUCUGAAAUUUGGGCAGUGAAAGGGUAAAAGUCGAUAGUAGUGUGCUAUUAUAGCCAUGGAGGCCCGCACGACCGAAGGGCUAUAAUCAUCAUCGUACCCAACAAGCGCGAGUGGAAUAACUGUUUUAUUAAAAACGCGCCAAAAUAUUAAUAAAUCUUCACGACCUCAUUUUGUAAGAACAAACGGAAAGUUAUAAUGUACAAAAACACUUCCGGUUUAACUGGUCUUCAUGUGUGCAUGUUAUAAAUGUACAAAAGCCUCUAUUUAGCGCUAAAAUAUGGACGGACAUUUGUCCGCAGACAUUAUCUGUUCCAAGACGAGAUCAGUUUUCCGAGAGCAGAACUCGAGAAAAACCGUAAGCUUCGAGGAACAGAUAAUUCCCAAGGACAAAUAUAUGAGCAUAUUUUCGCGCAAAAUAGACGUUACUGUAUUCAUCCUUCAAAUAUUUCGCACUGCAGGGGGAAAAUGUUCCGAACAGUUUCCUGUUUCCUGCGCGGGGUGUAUUUUCUUUUGAGUGUUCUCUGGUACAACUUUAUAAAACAACAAAGACGCUCCCUCAUCUUGACCUAAAGUUUAAACGAAGACUUACAGUAGUGGACCUAAGGUUCAAAAACUGGGGAACAUCAUAUGGGUGAUAUUAACGGAUAUCCCCUAGAUCAUAAUGGCUCAUGACCAAUGACUGCUAAGCCAACGAAAUCUCUUUUGACUAAAGCUGGUAUCCUUUUUACGCUGUAGGAUAUAUUGGUAUCCUGUCUCGUGUAGCUUGUCUUUUUACCAUCUUUAUCACCACCAUCAUUGUCAUCAUUAUCAUCAUCAUUAUAAAUUCCGUUAUUACCAAUGUUUGUAGUCUUCUUCCGUCCUUUCUCUCCGCUAACCUUUUGGUCUUCUAUCGUGAUCUUUUCUCUUCGCCCUUCUUCAUCAGCAAUUAAGCUAUGAUUAUUUAACUCGCAUUCUUCUCACUGAAACAGCAAACUUCCGGACAGAAUGGAAACUUCAGAGGAGAUUCUUUGCUGGGUGAAAGCAGACAUUAAGAGGACUCUGUUGACAAUAGGUUGGUUCAACGUUAAGUAUGAUUAAAUAAAAAACAAUUUCUGACCGAAUAACUAUAAUUCUCCUCUUGUGGGUAAUCGCUAUGCUGUUUUUGAGCACUUGCAAGCUUUUGUUUCAUUCAAUUUUCACAUUCAACAUAUUCAAAGUAUUGUAUUAUUUAAUACGCAUAGAUGAGAUGUCUUGUAAUCGCAGAAGUGCUCAUUUCCUUUCCCAUUUACUAAAGGAAGAACGAAGUGUAUGAUUACUUCUAAACUUACGUUCUGUAUCUAAAAUUGCAGACAAAACCAGUGACUUUGUUCAAGGCCUUUUUCGGCUCGCUGAACGGUGCUUUGAUUUGCUGAAUGAACAAACAAAACCACUGGUAGAUGGACAGCACCUCCUUGUGAGUCAGGUGUUUGGCGCAACCUUGUCGUCACCUCUUACACUCCUUCGAAUUAUUCAUCAGAUACAACCAGUUAUUAAAGGAGGAGGUUAGAACAGUCAUCGAUCGAUUGUCCAACGUAACCCAGACUCUCUUUCUUUUUGCUUUUCUACAUUUUGCGAUUGGUUUAAAAUUCCAGUUAACCGACUACUAAAUCAAAUAAAUGCAAAACGGAAAGCGGUCACGACGGAAAGCUGUCACGACUUGAUCUCUUAUGUUUAAGUGCAUUCGUCGUCGGUAAAUUUGAGUUUCUAAUGACCUCUCUGAUUUUCUCUUUGAGGUCGUUUGAUUGGUAGAUGUGGUCAUUUUAAUGCUGUUUGUUAAAGCUCUUAUUCGGAAAGUGCUCCGUUUUGAACUUUUGGAAUAAGAUUUGAAACAAAGAAACAAGAAGCAUGAAAUAGAAAAUAAAACACGGGAAAGGUAAUUCUGCCCUUCCCUUACACUUUUGGACGGUAGUUUUCCCUUUUCACGCUCUUUUCAUAACUUUGUUUUUUUGGUUUUCGGUAAUGCACGGAAUUUUGUUUUGUAUUAUGCAGUGUUUCAAACUCCUUUCUUUGCUUAUUUAUCUGCCGAUUAAAACUAAUUUGAGUUUUCUCGUUAAUUGCUUUUCCAGCCGACCGAAUAUUUGAGCUUCUCGAAACUCUUCUGCCGCCUGAUUUCCACCAAAAGCAUGGUCUGUCUUGGAAUUUUCUCAAAGCAUCGCUUGGGAAUGAACGAGGUAUUUUUGUUGCCAUAGACUUUUUCUCUUUCUCCUUAGAUUUUUACCGUUGUCGCACUCUUGAAGAGAAUAAUAUAUAUUGACCGAAAGUUUUUUGUGAUAAAAAUAUUUGCUUUCAUUAUAAUAGUAAACUUGCCUUUUUGUUUCCGCUGUUAAUGUUAUUGUUUUUGUGACUUUCACAAAUUUUUCUGUAGGGCCUGUAGUUCAAGUAACAGUUAACUGUAACAUAACGGUAGCCCCUUGGUACAAGGGAACACCAAUUCCGAUGAUUUGCUUUGUGAAACCAAGCAUGAUUCAUCAGGCUAAGGCACAGGUCAGUUAUUUAAAUAACUAUCUUAGUAAACGAGUUUUGUUCGAGUACUGCAAUUGUGGCGGACCAAAUUCUUGAAAGCAAAGGGCACAAUAAAUGCAUUCCAACUUGCUGCCUCGAAAAAAUACCAAGUGGCAAUACCAACAGCCACGCGCUUUAGCAAGCCUGAUAAUUAAAAAUAACCAGCAGCGACAAGGCUAACUGAAAACAAAAAAAAAUAAUAAGGACGAGACAAACGAGACUUGCUGUUCGCAAUAAUUUUCAUAUGUGCUAUGGGAAAUUAUUCUUGAGUCAGUUCUUACGAUGUCUUAAUUUUAAGGCUACAUAAGUUUCUUUGGAAAUCUCUUGACUUUAAUUUAUUUUGGUGUAAGUUUAGUGUUUAUUUUGACCUAGUUUCGACCGUGUAACCUUCAAGGACAAGUGUCGAUUCGCUUUUGCCGUGACUCACAUGAUCGUAUGCCCAAACAACGGACUCAAACACUUUUUCAGAAUGUGUUCCCUAGAUUGAUGGGUAGAAAAAUAAGUGGUACUUUAUAACAAGUACUUAUUACUAAUUCAAAGGCCAUCUUUGUUUUCAAGAUACUCUCUGGUCAGGCAAAAUGCACUGAAACGACGUUUCCAUCAAUUUACAACAGCUUACGUUACGAUGACCAAGCCAACAUUGUGACUUUCCAUAUUAGUGAGAAGGACUGGCACGAGUUGCAGUCAAAUGCGUACAUGUGGAUAUCCUCGAGUGACAUGAACCCUGUCAUAAAUCGUGACCUAUUGUUUCUCGGAGGGGAGACCAUUGAAAGAAACCAACGCGUUGAUCCGGCCGAGAUAUUUGGCUUAUUUUCAGUGCAGGCUUUUACUGUGAUCGAAACAAAUGCAAACUGCCAAGUACUGAAGGUAGCGUUACAGUUAAAACUCCUGCAAUUUCAUUCAAAAAUCCAGAAUAGGAAAAUUGAGAAGGGUUAAAUUAGUCUCCUUUCGUUUGUAACAGUUACAGCAACUCCAGUUCAUUAUCAUUUUACGAUAAGUUGUACUUCAGGGAGAAAAAACAAAUUAAAAAGAAUAAAAUUUGAGUUGAGGCUGGAUAAUUAUCAAAUUUUACACGGGAUCAACUUGGACUAUCAAUUCUUUUCGUCCUAAAUUUCUGAAUUCGCAACAGUUUAGUGGAUUGUUAAACUGCUGUGUGGAUAAAUCUUUUUAAUAACUAAUCAAAGUCACGACAGAAUUUCCGAAAGUGAUUGGUAAUCACCAGCCCGAUUUGAGCGCUAUCAGGACAUUGUACGCUUUAAAAAUGGUGAUAGUACCGAGAGGAGGCCAAUUCGGUUUGUAAUCAUACGAGUGAUUCCAAUUCUUGUAUGUAAUCAUACUCGUGACUUGCAAAUCAGACUUCCGCUUCGCUGUCGUCCGCUUUUGUUAAUCACUCGUGUGAUUACACACAGAAUUGGACUCCACUCGGUCCAUUAUAAAUCGGCAACCUUAUUGCGAAUCAAAUGGAAGACUCAACGUUUUAAAAAGAAGAUGAUCUCCACAGGUUUCUCUUAAUUUAGUACUGUAAUACCGUUGGUAGAUAUAGCUUCAAGUUAAUAAAUAGUAAGAUGAUACCCACAACAGGAUUGUUAAAACAAUAAUAAAGAGAUUCAUACUAGCUGUCUCCUUUUUUUUUUGAGAUCCACAAAGUCGAGGAGAGUAAGUUCUCAUACUAUGCAGAACUUGACAUACUGGACUUAGAACAAUGCAAAGUCAGCACUAUGAAGAUUAGCUUUUCUCCACCUAAAUGUCCGGUUGAACUCCAAAUACACUUCGAAGGAGCUACAGGGUAAGGAUGACUGCAUUUGAAACAUUGGUUUUAUUUUACUUAAAUGUAGUAGUUUAAUGUUUCUCGUUGUAUCCGAUCGGAACGUUUUUAAUCAAAAAAAAAAAAUUAAUCGAGCCUUUCAAAAAAGUAAAUAAAAAGGCAAUACAAGAAAAUUCAUGAGGAUAAAAACAAGAAAAAAACUGCAAUAAAGUUAAAAAACAACAACAACUGUCAACAAACAGGCAAUCUACAGUAGACGCUGCGUUUAAUUAUCAGCUCUCUGACAUCACAAACUGUAGCCCUUAAAAAGCGGCGAUGAUGAACCGCAGAACCGAGAUUCUUCGCUGUACAAUAUGAAAAAUUCUCGACAAAAAGCUGCGGCAAGUAGGUGGGUAGUUACAUUUCGAUUAGCUUCCUUUACAGAAACGCCUGCUCUAUCAAGCAUAAAUGUUUCUUGAUAUUUAUUCUUACUUCAAGACAAAUAUUCCAGAAGUACUUAUGACAUACUGUAAUGGAAUUCUUCUUUUUAACAGAGACCCGCUGCAGAUAUACUUUUCAUGUUCUGUGAAUGAGAACUUGGCCAAGUUUCAGAUUUCACGCAAGCGCAAAAAAGUACUUUGUCACAUUCCUAAAAGAGAAGAUGGAACAGUGGGAGAACUUGUGAUACAGAACGUGGCUCCAGUUCCCUUUCAUACCAUGAUAUUAUGGGAUGGUAAACAGCAUGACAAAAAGUAAGUCCGAUCGCAACAGUAUGCGUUACUAAUACCGUUCAAUGCAUUAAGAAAUGAUGAACCCGAUCAGACUGCCUGGAAUGGAUGUUUUUAACAAUCAUCUACCAUCAGGUUUGGAACUAUGACUAAACUGUAUGACCAACUUUCGGUGUCAAACGAAAUUUGUAGGGAAGAGCUCCCUGGGGCGCCCCCAGGUUUUUGUGCGGAAAUUAAGGAAAGCCCGGCCUAAAUCUGACAAGGCAAAAUAUUUAAUCUAGUAAUUUUUUCAUAGAUCUUUCAGAAAGAACAUGGCAAAAUAUAUGUUGAACGAAAAAAUCCUUGCAUAUACCUUCUCUAAGAUCCUCGCCUCUCCCUAAAAUCUUUCCUAUUCCUCUGAAUUUUUCAAGAAAAUAAGGGCUGGGAUUUAAUACAGAGGCAUUUUGUUGUCGUUGAGGGCAUUUUCCCAUUUCCAGUGUCUUUAAGGAGAAAAUUAACAUCUGAAAAUAUCUAGGGGGAGUACAAAGUUUUGGAGGUUCUUUAACAGAAAUGCGGCACAGGAAACGACGCCCAGAAGCAACAAAAUAAAAAUCAAACAUGCAAAACUCAAAGUCUGUUUUCCGCGCCAAGUCCUGGCGGAUGCGUAGACGUUAUUCAGGUCUGUCGUUCGCAUGUUGGAGCAGAUAAUGUCUGAGGACAAACAUCUGUGUUUAUUAUAUGGACGAGAGUGUUUUACCGAGAACUAAAACACUCGUCGAAUCAAUACGACCACUACAUCCGGGAACCAAGUAUCGUAUUUUUUGUAUGUAACACGAGGGGCGAAAACAAAAGUAAUUCUUACUUGUUCUUACUUAUUCUUACUGAUGAUUCAAGUCAGUGUCAGUAAUCGAGUUUUCACCGAGCCUACAGAACUAAUUCAUAUUUAUUUUGGCCUAACUGACGGUGUGGCAUUUAAACCUUUUUUUAUAUUUUGGGCAAUAAGUGUUUUGUUUCUAUUUAUACCAUGUAUUUGCCUCUAAGUCACCUCGUUGUACUCGAUUUCGUGUGCCGUACCCAGAUGGCAGCAUUGAUCCACCUUUUCAAUCUCUGACCUGUAUAUUUAUUGUCCAUAUAUAAAAAGAAAAUUACAAGUUAGCUCAAAAAUAAAAAUUUUAUGUUCGCGUGGUACAAAUAGUAUCGUGAGAUAUUGUUCUGGCCACUCGAACACAGAAUUCACAUCUUCUCGCCUCCGUGUAAUAUCUUCUAUAUACUUUCAAGCCAAAUAGAGGAUAAUUUUUAUUUAUUUCAGAAUGUUCAGCAAAAUGUUUCGCACAAAGCUUGAUCUUGAGCUGAAGUCUCAAAGAAAAAGUGGUUCGCCGUUUUUUAACCUCAGGGAAUCCAUAACCAUGAUCUUGAGCAAGCAUUCAGACGAACCUAAGGUAAGCUUUGUACUUUUGCCUUUGCUAAAAUUGUCUAACAAAGUUUAAGCUUUGUUAUCACCCCUAUCAUCAUUAAGUCUUCGCGUUCACUAGACCUACUUUGAUCUAGCGUCGAAAGUAAUUUAAUAUUUGUUUGGUUUGCUUUACUAGAUGCUGUGAUUGAUCUAAAAAUUUUGCGCUUUUGCCUCAACAAAUCUAAUGGAAAAUUAUACACCAUUUGCAGCAUUUCAGUUCACUCGUUAUUCCUAUGUGAGCAUCCCGACACAUCGGGGCGUUUACAUAUCCUUUAGACACUCCAAGCAUUAUUCUUGUUCUGGUUUUAUUAUGAUCAUUUGAAAAGCGCUCUAAUGUAAGCCUCAGGAUUUAUAUGUUUUGCCUUACAAAAGUUUCAUGUAAUGCCAAGCUCGAAGGGAAAGUAUUUUUUUGAAAUAAAUGUAUACUACAGUUCAGUGAGCCACCUUACAUACUUGAGAAAAAUUUGUUUUCGUCUCGUCACGAGCGUGGGACAAGCUUCUAUUGUUACCUUUAUGGCCCUUAUCACUGCAAAACUUUUUUAGACGCCAUUAGUGCAUGUUGUUGAUGAGCUUGGAAUCAUUGAGGAGCCUUACCAAACACAGGAAAACAUGUUAAAGAAAAAGGGCUUUGUUAUCAAAGUACAGGAGAUGUACAAAUGGAAGUUUCUUCCCGUUGCGAAAGUUGUAUUCUGUGAUUGUCAAAGGUUGGCUGACAAGCUUCAAAGUGAUCCAACAGACAACCAUCCAAUGGCGAGUUUCUUUUCCAACACCUGGUUACACUUGGUGCAUAGAAUCUUGGCUGACGGUGAGGUCAGUUCAGCAUAAUUUUAAUAUCAAUAGUGAUCACAACUGAAAGAAAAACAGUUAAAAAGAAAUUAUAUGAACGUAAGCUUUCACUAUAUAUUUGUUGGUUUGGAUAGAAAAUAAAUAAAUACAUGACAAAAUUCCGAGAACGUGAAAAACAGAAAGAUUAUAUAUUGUUGAAAUACCCUCUUUUAAUAGAACGCCAAUAUUUCAUGAAGUCGAUUUCAACAUGACUUUAUUUACACAGGACCAUGGACGUUUCAUGCCCAAAAUGCUUCAUGCUUGAAAAUUUUCUGCCUUCUAGAGAGGCGUAGCUGCUUGUCACUCAUUAAACUCCUCUAUAGCAUUAUUUUACAUUUCUUUUUGUUGACAGGAGAAGACCCUAUUUCAUAAAAUGCUCUACACAAAUGCCGCAAGAGUAGAUCAGGAUAAUGCAUCUAGUGUUUGGAAGAAUUCCUUUAUUACUCUUUUGUUCCCUAGACAAAGAACUCUUGACUUGUUUGGUAAGUUGAACUACACAAAACACCUUUUUUUUCAUAUGAUUUACUAUCCUCAGCUUAGAAACUCUUUACGGUGGCCGAUGUAAAAUAAUUGAUAGAACCAAAUUAUCUGGUUUUACCAUCCAGUAACGCAGCACCACAAUUUCCUUAUAACCAUAACUCCUAUAAUCAAAUGUAAACGGUUUCUUUGUUUCAAUGAAUCUACAUUGCUGCUAAGCUGAAUUUCUCGUUUUAUUGAUUUAUCUAUCAAUUCAUACGUUUAUUAUUUAAUUUUUUACCAGUGCCCAUUCAUUUGUUCAUUCAAAAGAUCCCUUUUCUUUUUCCUUUUAUGUUUCGCGGGAACAGCUGGAUUGUUAAAAGGACAAAUGAAAGACCUUUUUAACCCGUGUUCGUUUCCUAAUCAAGCAAGACAGCCCGAAGAGCACUCCACCCGAGACAGUUUCCCUGCAUUCUUAGCGGACUUUGCACGCCAAAUGGCUCAUUUUAACACGGGGCCAAGAGAUCAUACAUCAGGUUCUGACCCCUCAGAAAGGGGACCUCCUCUAAAGGAGGCAGAAUGCGCCUUCUGCCAUUCAAAGGAAGGCACUCUAAAGCGAUGUCUUGGCUGCAAAAGGAUCGUCUACUGCAGUAAAACUUGCCAGAAAAACCAUUGGAGGGAACAUAAACCAGACUGCCAAAGUAUUUCUUAGAUCAUCAAACUGACAAGUUGUACCCCUCUUCGGUUCCUUUUCAAAGCCCAAAACUAUCAUCAUUAGCCACGAAAGUUACCAAAAUUAAUUAAAAAUCGAUAAAGGCUAACAAAACAAAGCAAAACAAUGAAUAAAUAGGAGGUAAAAGAUAACCAAGUUCAAAAUGCCGAUCGAAAAAUUCUUAUCAUCAUCCCGUUGCCUAAUGACACACACACCCGGCUUUUGCGGACAAAAUUUUAUAUGGUCAUUCUGAGUGUUAACUCAAUUUUCUGAAAUUCUAUUUGAUACUUUAAAAACACUCUUUUUCGACACAUCUGCAAAAGAACCGAGACAUUUUUUCGAUCUUACAAGGAUAAAAGUCGAUAUCCUUAUUCUUAUCCCCUUUACUGGAGCCGACUUCUGUGGAUAGCACAGCGUUGGCUGCAUGAUUGCCUCUUCGAGAGUAGAACUAACCUUCGCUUCGUAAAGCCAAAUGUAACGUUAUCUCCAAUCAGAGUGAACGGAGUCCACUAGCAAACUAUGGUUAAGCCGAUAUUCCUCAGCCAUUUCAUGGCCGGGUGGAGACAUACAUUGUCACUAAAUCCGUCAACAAGGUGUCUCUAUAAACGCCUCAUGAACUGCUCUGUUGCUUCGUUUUCAAUUACCCACAGUGUCACCAACACUGAUCGUGCACCAGAUGCCUAGAACGCUCUAGUAAUUCCGAUGACUCCCUCGACUUUGAUCUCUCUACGCCGCUGUGACAAUAGUUGGGUAGCACCAAUUUAGCUCUUACUUUAACUUCUGAAAUAUCAGAGAUCCUCAAAAGGUAGCCUUCUUCAUCUGGAGCACUUUUAACAGUAGGACAAGGCAAAAGGGCGAUCUCUCCUGUGUCGGCGUUAACAUGUGCAACGACAUGAAUCAGACUCACUGGAUAAAUCGCCGCUAUGACAUUGGCUGAGUAGCACCAGUUUAGCUCGUACUUUAACUUCUGAAAUGUCAGAGAUCCUCAAAAGGUAGCCUUCUUCAUCUGAAACACUUUUAACAGUAGGACAAGGCAAAAGGGCGAUCUCUCCUGUGUCGGCGUUAACGUGUGCAACGACACGAAUAAGACUCACUGGAUAGAUCGCCUGAAGUACCCCCUCCCUCGUGGCACGCUCUCCUAGCAAAGGUUAAACGCCCAGCAGUUGUCCGAUCGUCUCUGCUUCCUUUCUUGCACCGAGAAAUUCUGUGAAGUUCGCGAUUUUUCCCUUGUAACGCGCCUUGCCUACCUCAGGAUCACCCACAAACAGUGCAUCAGUCUGACUUUGCUAGUCCGCCUGGCAGUCUUAAGCCAAGCCAAACUCAGG